CCAUGUGAAGACGUCAAUUUUUCCAAUUGCCCACUUGGAAAUGGAAAGUGGUAUCUUUUUACUUCCUAUAUAAGUCAAUGCAAUGGAGCCAUCAUUUUGUAACAAAAAUAUAAAGCCACAAGCUAUUUCAUUCUCCUACCUUGAGAAAAAUAGGAAGAAUGACCGCCAUGACACUAGAUCCAAGUUUGAGCCUUCAAAUGACUGCCAAAGAAUCCCAACGUAGAGUUGUGAUUGAAGAUAUUGACGGGCUUAUUAAAAUUUACAAAGAUGGUCAAGUGGAACGACCGGAUAUCGUGCCACGUGUCACAUGCUCGUUGCCUCCUGAGUUUAGGUUGAUGUCUAGAGAUUUGAUCAUUGACAAGUAUACAAAUAUUUGGGCACGUUUAUAUGUUCCAAAUCGUCACGAGAAGCUCCCUUUGAUAGUAUACUUUCAUGGCGGUGGAUUUUGUGUUGGUUCCGCCUCGUGGAGUUGCUACCACGAGUUCCUAGCAAAAUUAAGCGCGAAAGCCAAUUGUGCCAUCAUGUCAGUUAACUACCGUUUGGCCCCAGAAAACCCUCUUCCGGCUGCCUACGACGAUGGAGUCAAGUCUCUUGUUUGGCUAAGGCAGCAAGCCUUAAGUAGGGAUAACGAGUUCUUGACGAGUAAAUGCAACUUUUCUAGCAUUUUCUUAGCUGGAGACAGUGCUGGUGCCAAUAUAGCCUAUAAUGUGGCCAUAAGACUAUCCGGAUUGUCCAAUUUGAGGCCAUUAGAUCUUAAGGGACUAAUCCUACUACAACCCUUUUUCGGUGGUGAGUCGAGGACUCAAUCAGAGAAGUAUAUGGUGCAACCACCACGCUCCGCCCUCACACUGGCGGCUUCAGACACUUACUGGCGGUUGUCGUUGCCAGCUGGGGCCAAUCGUGAUCAUCCGUGGUGCAAUCCUUUGGCGAAAGGGGCUGGAAAAUUGGAGGACUUCCCUCAUGAUGUGCCUACUAUGAUAUGUUUAUCAGAAAUGGACAUAUUGAAAGAUAGGAACUUGGAAUUUUGUGCAGCCAUGGCUAGAGCAGGAAAGAAAGUGGAGCAUGUGGUGCAUAAAGAUGUUGGCCAUGCAUUUCAGAUUCUCAACAAGUCUUCUAUCUCACAAACUCGUAUAAAUGAACUGAUUUGUGUAAUCAAGUCUUUUAUCAGUAGAUGAACAAUUGAAAAAUUAUUGUGUUUUUUGGUACAAAAUAUUGUAUGCUAUGUAAUUUCCCUGUAUCUAAUUAGCUAAAGAAAUUAAUGAAGGAAAUUUAUAAAAUAAAAAGAUUUACAGGUUUUC